AGGGAAAAGAAAUUUCGGCCGAAACCUUAUCAAGUUCAAACCGCAACCCACAAAUUCGUCUCCCCUUUACCGCUCCUGGUUUCCCUUUGGAUCCCCAAAAAGAGCUUAUAAUAGAAUAGAUAAACUAAAACCCAACCUCAGCUUUGUUUAUUCCUUUUGAUAACAUCUACAGAUUCCGUCAUUGCUUUCACAUCACCAACAUUGCGCUUCUAUUACUUCUUUUUUUUUGACCCCGCUUCUUUCGGUUGGCUACACCACACGAGCUUGACAUAAAGCAUGAGCCGCUCGCAUAGCAACUCGCCGGCAACCACAAGAUCAGUUAAUAUUGUAGGUGUUCAUUACCGAGUCGGUAGACGGAUUGGUGAAGGCUCAUUUGGAAUCAUAUAUGAAGGUACAAAUCUGUUGAACAAUCAGCCAGUUGCUGUCAAAUUCGAACCUCGAAAGACUGACGCUCCUCAGCUUCGGGAUGAAUAUCGUACCUAUAAGAUUCUUUAUGAUCAACCUGGUAUUCCUUCUGCGUAUUAUUAUGGUCAGGAGGGCAUGCAUAAUAUAUUGGUGAUCGAUCUACUAGGCCCUAGCUUGGAGGAUGUAUUUGACAAAUGUGGUCGAAUAUUUUCUGUAAAGACUGUAGCAAUGCUGGCCAAGGACAUGGUCACGCGAGUGCAAACCAUCCAUGAAAAGAAUCUAAUAUACCGCGAUAUCAAGCCAGAUAACUUUUUACUGGGUCGACCUGGUACAAAAGAUGCUAAUAAUGUAUAUAUUGUGGAUUUUGGCAUGGCUAAACAAUAUCGAGAUCCAAAAACAAAGCAGCAUAUUCCCUACAGGGAACGUAAGAGCUUGUCUGGAACAGCUCGCUACAUGAGUAUCAAUACGCAUUUGGGAAGAGAACAGUCACGUCGAGAUGAUUUGGAAGCAUUGUGUCACGUUUUCCUGUACUUUUUAAAAGGCCAACUCCCGUGGCAAGGAUUGAAGGCUGCGACCAAUAAGCAAAAGUACGAAAAGAUCGGUCAAAAAAAGCAAGGUACACCAAUAGACGAGCUAUGCAAAGGUUAUCCCGAAGAAUUUGGAAUAUACCUCAAAUAUGUUCGAAAACUGGGAUUCGACGAAACGCCAGAUUACGACUUUCUAAGAGAGUUGUUCGACAAAGCUAUACGGCGAAAUGGAGAGGAAGAUGAUAAAGUGUACGACUGGAUGGUAUUAAACGAAGGAAAAGGACUAGAGCAUCGAUCGUCUGGCCAAUUUAACGCAAAAUACAAGGAACUGAAAGGUGCCGGCGUGUCUGGAUCUAAUCAAGCCGGGAACGGACGAUGGCACUCAAGCGCUACUAACCAUAAUAUUCCGUACAAAGCACGGGAGCCACCAGCUAUUGAUCGGGCAACACAUGAUGAUGAUCUAGAUGGAGCUUCAGAAGAACAAGGCGCCCAUUGUUGCAGUAUCGUUCGCAUUGUAAGAUGUCUUUGUCAUUGAAACUCUAACGGCAUCGAGCUUGGCUAAAUUGACGUCAGGGUGUGUUUA